AUGACGUCACACUCUGAGAGGCCACAGACAAAACUGCAGCAGAGCUCCCCCAGAGGCCACAGACAGAACUGCAGCAGAGCUCCCCCAAGAGGCCACAGACAGAACUACAGCAGAGCUCCCCCAAGAGGCCACAGACAGAACUGCAGCAGAGCUCCCCCCCAAGAGGCCACAGACAGAACUGCAGCAGAGCUCCCCCAAGAGGCCACAGGCAGAACUGCAGCAGAGCUCCCCCAAGAGGCCACAGACAGAACUGCAGCAGAGCUCCCCCAAGAGGCCACAGGCAGAACUGCAGCAGAGCUCCCCCAGAGGCCACAGACAGAACUGCAGCAGAGCUCCCCCAGAGGCCACAGGCAGAACUGCAGCAGAGCUCCCCCAGAGGCCACAGGCAGAACUGCAGCAGAGCUCCCCCAAGAGGCCACAGGCAGAACUGCAGCAGAGCUCCCCCAGAGGCCACAGGCAGAACUGCAGCAGAGCUCCCCCAGAGGCCACAGGCAGAACUGCAGCAGAGCUCCCCCAAGAGGCCACAGGCAGAACUGCAACAGAGCUCCCCCCAAGGGCCACAGGCAGAACUGCAGCAGAGCUCCCCCAGAGGCCACAGGCAGAACUGCAGCAGAGCUCCCCCAGAGGCCACAGACAGAACUACAGCAGAGCUCCCCCAGAGGCCACAGACAGAACUGCAGCAGAGAUCCCCCAGAGGCCACAGACAGAACUGCAGCAGAGAUCCCCCAGAGGCCACAGACAGAACUACAGCAGAGAUCCCCCAGAGGCCACAGACAGAACUACAGCAGAGAUCCCCCAGAGGCCACAGACAGAACUGCAGCAGAGCUCCCCCAGAGGCCACAGACAGAACUGCAGCAGAGCUCCCCCAAGAGGCCACAGGCAGAACUGAAGCAGAGCUCCCCCAGAGGCCACAGACAGAACUACAGCAGAGCUCCCCCAGAGGCCACAGACAGAACUGUAGCAGAGCUCCCCCAGAGGCCACAGGCAGAACUGCAGCAGAGCUCCUCCAAGAGGCCACAGGCAGAACUGCAGCAGAGCUCCCCCCCAAGGGCCACAGACAGAACUGCAGCAGAGCUCCUCCAAGAGGCCACAGGCAGAACUGCAGCAGAGCUCCCCCAGAGGCCACAGACAGAACUACAGCAGAGCUCCCCCAAGAGGCCACAGACAGAACUACAGCAGAGCUCCCCCAGAGGCCACAGGCAGAACUGCAGCAGAGCUCCCCCAGAGGCCACAGGCAGAACUGCAGCAGAGCUCCCCCAGAGGCCACAGGCAGAACUACAGAGUGGAAUAAACACUGUUUAA